GCGUGCGCAGACCCUCCUGUGGAGGGCGGCGUUGUCGGGAGCGCGCACGGGCCGCGAUCCCGGAGCCGCGGCCAUCCCAGCACCUGGAGCUUAACACCUUGGCAUUGCCCUUUUCCACGUGAAGCUCAGCCAUGACUGACCAAGAGUUCAUUUUCUGCAAGUGGAAGAGGCGUCUGUGGCCAGCCAAGGUUUUGUGCAAACCUGGAGUUGCUGGGAGCAGUCCUGUUGCCACCACAAAAAGGAUGGGAUUUAAAGCUGAAAUCCUUGGCUUGGAGAAGCAGGUCAGUGUGAGCUCUGCAAACGUGGUUCCCCUGACAGAGGAGAGGAUCAAGGCCAUCGCCUCCACCCUGGAGCAAAAGAAAACCAUGAGUGAGGCCGUGGAGGAGCUGCAAUAUCGCUGUUCCCUUAAAAUUGCCCUGGAUAUUCUCCAUGAGACUGACUCCAGCACUCAAAUGCCACCUGCAGAAGGACCAAAUCCUGAAUUUUCCCGGGAGAAAUCUGCCCCACCCAACCCCUCCCACAGCCUCUCGCUGCGCUCUGGCUCGAAAAAAUCAGAACCUGAGGCUGCCAGGAGGAAAAGGAAAGCUCAAAAUAACUCUGGGAUGAAGGAUGAUCCCAAAGCACGCAGCCAGGGAGGUUCUGUGGCUCCAGGGAGGAGUGGGAAAGCACCUGGAGGUGGCACAAGCCCUGCCAGGUGUGGUGCCAGGGACUCGAGUGUGGCACCAGCCCCUGAUGGUCACAACUGCAAAAAAGCAGAACCAAAAUCGUCACCCAGACAGAGAAAAAUGCAGCCCAAAAUGGGCAAUGGAGUCUCCUGUAAGGCAGAGGUUGGAAAAAAUCAGCAAGGAAGGAAAAGAAGAUGGAGGGAUGAUUCCCCCCAGGAUCAAGCACAGGUGGCUCCUGAGGAGGGGUCUCCCUCUGUCCCCUCUAGAUCUGGCACUGUGGAACCUUCCAGAAAGAAAGGAGCUCGGCCUGGGAGAGCAUUCCUGGAUUCCUGCAGUGAAACUGCCUCGGAUGAGUUGGAGAAAAGCAUCAGCAGUGAGAGUGAGAGCCUGGCAAAGCAGCUGGAUGGGAGGAGAGAGGCAGAGGGUGGCAAACACCCGGAUGGGGCAGACAGGAAAUGCAGGAACCACCCUGGAUCCUCACCUGGACCUUCUGGUGCCUUCCCUCAGCCCCAGGAGCAGGAAAACCAGGAUCCCUCACACCUGCCUGGGAAUAAAGCCCCUGACUCUGAGGAAGAUGAAGGGCUGGAAGCCUCUGGGAUGUCUUCCAGGAGAGUUUCCUCGGAGAGCCUCCCUCCACUCUCACCUCUGGCCGAUGAAGAGGAGGAAAAUUUCCCCAGUGUUCUGUCCCAUCGAGAACCCAAAUUCUUCGAGGAAGGGAUGUUGGUGUGGUGCAAGCUGCGGCGCUAUCCCUACUGGCCAGCCGUGGUGAAAGCAGUGAAGAGGAAGCACCGGAGGGCCUGUGUGCUCUUCAUAGAUGGCACCACAAACGAGAAGAAAAAAGGUUUCUCAGUGUCUCUGAAGAGCCUGAAGCACUUUGACUGUGAGGAGAAGCAGGAGCUCAUUGAACGAGCCAAGGAGAAUUACUGCAGGGAGAUCGAGUGGUGCCUCCAGCUGAUCCAGGACUAUCGGAUCCGAGUGGGCUGUCGUUCUUUCACUGGGUCCUUCCUGGAGUAUUUUGCUGCUGAUAUCAGCUACCCAGUGAGGAAAGAGGGCUACCAGAGUGUGGUGCAGAUGGCAUUCCCAAACACAGGGGAGGAAGGGGCUGGAGAGUCUUCCUCAGACACCUCCCCACAGAAACCCCCCAGGAAACUCCUCCCUGACAGGACCAGAGCUGCCAGGGACAGGGAGAACAAGAAGCUGGUGGAGUUCAUAGUGAAGAGCAAAGGGGCUGAAGAGCAUCUCCUGGGGAUCUUGAAAAGUGGCAAACAAUCGCGCUGGCUGAAGAAAUUCCUGAAUUCCAGCCGCUACAUUACCUGUGUGGAGACUUACCUGGAGGAUGAGGAGCAGCUGGACCUGGUGGUUGGGUACCUGAAGGAGGUCUACAGGGAGAUGGACACCAAGAACCUGCACCAGAUCCUGGGGGAUGGCAUCAGAUUCAUCUCAGAUGUGCUUUUACCUGAGGCCAUCAUCUGUGCCAUUGCUGCUGUGGAUGACAUUGAUUAUGAGAAGGCAGAAGAGAAAUACAUUAAAGGACCACCUGUGAGCAAAAGAGAGAGAGAAUUGUUUGAUGAACAAGUCCUGGGAAGCAAAAAGCUCAAGACUGAGCCAGAGCCUGCGGAGAGCUGAGGAGUGGCCAGGGCUGUCCUGGGGGCCACCAGGUGUAAACCAUUGGUGAUUUGUAUAAAAUGUGGCAUUCUUUGUAAAGUCUGUGUGUAAUAUUCCCAAAUCCUCUGCUCCCAGCUCUUGCUGCUUCAUGGCCUCGCUGUGUUCAGGAUCCAGUGGAUCCUCAUCCAUCAGUGCCCUCCUGGGGGGCUGCCAGAGACCCCCAGGGCUGUGCAGAGCUUCUGCUGCUCCACCAGCUUCCACGUGGGUUCUUUCAGCCAAACACCCAACUUGGGAAUGGACCUUGUCCUGUUUUGUGGCCUCCCUGCUCCUGAUAAAUCCAGGGGGCUCCUGGCAGGGAAAUCAGAUUGGUGCCCAGAGCUGGAUCACAAACACUUGGGUUCUUGUUUUGUCCUCACAAGUAAAAUUCCAUGGGGAAGGAAUCCAGGUUUGCUCAAACAAAAACAUUCCCUUUUCCUCUCACUGAACCAGUUUAUUGCCUCUUGUGAGGCUGUGAAUUUUGGGAGGCUUUUAAUUGUCUUUUUCUCAUCUAAAUUCCCAAUUUAAUCCCGCCCAGGUCCCUGCUCCCUGUUGUUGGAGCUGUGGCACAUGGAAGCAGUGUCACCAAGAACUAAUUAAUGAUGAAUUAUGAUAAAUGAUACAUAAAACCCCCUGAUUAGGGUUUUUCUGUGAUAAUGAAAUAUGAUCUCCUUGCUUGUCCAGUAAAACCCAAGAUGAUUUGAAAUGAAGAAGUUGAAAUUGGGAUCCAGAUGUCUAUCCUGGCUGUAGUAAUUAUCUGAAUAUAUUUUAAUUACACUUUUAAUUGCUCUGUGCUCUCUAAUGAGUUUUUCCAUGGAAUCCUUAUUCCCAUUAUCUCAAGUACCUCAAUUAUAGGGACAGGCCAGGAAGUGUGAGGGUUUUAUUAAAGCCUGUGAGGAGGGAUAAUGAAUUUUGUGGGUUAAGAUAAAAAAUUAAUGAUGGAGUUAACUCAGAGCUGUGAGUGGCACUUUCCCUUUGGAGAUGGAAAGGGGAGGGACUGCCUGCCCCUCAUCCCAGUGCUGUGGGGUCAUUUGGAAUUGGGGGGGUUCAACUUCCCCCUCCUUUCCAUGAACCCUGUGAUCCCUUUUCCAUCAAAACUCCUCGAGUUCUGCAAGGAUCGUGUUCCAGACCUCACCUUCCCUGCAGCUGUGGAAUCCUGGAAUGGUUUGGGGUGGAACGGACCUUGAAGGGCAGCCAUGGGCAGGGACACCUCCCACUGUCCCCCUGGGUGCUCCAGCCUAGCCUUGGGCACUGCCAGGGAUCAUCCUGAGCUUGUGCCACCCCCUUGCAGUGCUGCCCCACCGGUCACUCGCUGGGACUGGGCACCAGGCUCAGCCUCACCAUGUAUCAAUCAUGUGGAUCAAUAAAGUGGGAUGAAGUGAUUCAUCAACA